CAGGUCACCAUUGUCUGGCCAUGUCGUCGUCCUCAUCGUCCGCAGAGUCUGCUGAUGGCCAGCUGAUACAUCCUCGUCAUCCUACGCCGUUACAGUUGCAAUCAUGGCUGCAGCGACAUCUCACCUUGCUUCAGCGGGAGCGCUCAGCCGAGCUCGAAGAGUCGCAUCUCCUCCUCUCUUCGGUCUCUCCACGCGUGUUAGAGACCAAUGGAUUGGCUCUCUGCCGGCUAGGCGUACUCAACACCUCCAUUGGUAUGGGCGGUAAGUCUCUUGUUGAGCUUCAUCGACCGACUGCCUACCAUACAGAGCCUGCAUUUCCGCCCAAUGGCUUCAGGAGCGGGGAUGUAGUCGUCAUUGUGGACGAAGCUGGGAGCGGCGAGGGAGACGACGGGAGGAAGAAGAAGGCAAGCGCAUCGAAGGACAAAGCACUUGCGAGUGAGAACACUGGCGUUGACGGAGUGGUGGUGAGAGUGGCAGAGACCAAGAUCACUAUAGCCAUUGGCAAGCGCAGGCGCAAGGGAGGAGAUGAUGGCGAGGAAGAGCCUUUGCCAGCGAGGUGUAGAGUGGUCAAGGUCGCCAACGAGGUGACAUGGGAAAGGAUGGAGAAGAACUUGAUCCGUCUCGCCAGUAAGCUCGCUCUGCCAGUGAGGACUAGUCGCGGUAUACGCGGAGGCGACCUGGCCUCGCCGCUGGACGGUGACUCAUCCUCUGACGACGAGGCUGGCCCUACAAAGCCCAACAAGUCAAGCGCUAUUGCUGCAGAGAGCUCGGCUGCAUUGCCUGCGCCGCCUUCAAAUCUCCCGCAUCUGCCUCACUUGCUGGAGAGUCUCGUAGGCCUGCGCCCUCCCUCUCGUCUUCCAAAGAAUCUCCCAGCGCCGCCACUUCCCCUCUUCAACAAGGCCCUGAACGAUUCCCAGACUGCCGCCUUGUCUCGGGCAUUGGCCGCUCCAGAGAUUCAUCUCAUUCAUGGCCCUCCAGGAACAGGAAAGACUACCGUCCUCGUCGAGCUCAUAUUGCAACUAGUGUUGGGAAGAGGCGAAAGGGUCCUCGUUGCGGGGAGCAGUAAUCUGGCCGUCGACAAUCUUGCUGCGAAGCUUCUUCAGUACCGAAAGGGAAGGGAGAAGGAUAUUCGGGCCGUACGUGUCGGUCAUCCCGCCCGCAUCCUGCCUGUGCUUCAAAAUCAUACACUGGACCAUCUUUCGGCCUCUUCUGACUCUGGUCAACUUCUGUCAGAUACGAGGUCAGAGCUCCAGGCAGCUUACAGCUCUCUUUCGGCCGGAACUCGAGCUGCGACUGCGGAUAAGCCGGCGGCAGGCAAUAAGUCUACCUCUCGUAGAGGUACAAGCUCGGCUAGCAACAAGAGGCUCAAUGGCUCGGAACGUAAAAGAGCUUGGGAGGAAGUCCGAGCUCUGCGUGGCGAGUUGAAGUCGCGAGAAAGAGGACUCUUCACUACUACUUUGGCCGAAGCGAACAUUGUCAUGUCUACAUUGCAUGGUGCAAGUGGCGGAGUGCUUGAGCGCAGUCUGAGAGGCAGUAAAGACAAGGAGAUCAAGAAGUUUGACACUGUCAUCAUUGACGAGGCCUGUCAAGCUCUGGAAGCCAGCAGCUGGGGAGCAAUUCUAGACAAGUUCAGCGAUGACAGUGGUGCGGGCAGGCUCAUUCUAGCUGGUGACGACAAGCAGCUUGGACCAGUUGUCAAGAGCGAGGAUGGUACAAAGCAGGACAAGAAGACGGAGAGGAAGAGCAAAACAAAGACCGCCAGCUCCGGGAAGAACACAAUCUCUCUGUCAGCAAUUCCUCAACCAAGCGGUGACAAAAAGCCCACCGCCAGUGGUAGUGACAAAGGCGACAGCAAAGAGGCAACUCUGGACGACGAGACCGCAGGUCUUCAGCUGCAAGAUGACAAGAGCGACGACGAUGGAGCCUCGAUAGCAUCGUCCGACGAACGUGCUGAUGGAGACACACCAGAAGGCGACGCUAUGCUCGAGCAGCCUACAGCGGCUUCGGAGGAGCAGCCUCGCCCAACAUUGCGACCACCUCGAUCACUUUCGACUACACUCUUCACCCGCCUCAUCUCUCUGUACGGCUCCUCUGCCGCUCUCAAGUCUCUGCUGACAGUCCAGUACCGCAUGAAUUCGCAAAUCAUGCAGUACCCCAAUAAAGCCAUGUACCGCGGUCAGCUUGUGGCGCACGAGAGCUGCAGAGAUGGCUGGAUUGGUGAUGGGACCGUUGGCGAAUGGAAGGGCGAGGAGGGAGACAUCGUUGAAGUGAAGGGAGGCAGAGUCGUCUUUUACGAUACGGCUGGGAGUGAAAUGUACGAAAAUAUCGCCGAAGAGGAGGCCGGUACUGACACAGGCGGGAAGAAGUCCUCCAAGGGCAGUCUGCGGACAGAUUCCAAGUCCAACGCUCACGAAGUCUCUAUCCUGCAGUCUCACCUGGGACUCCUCAUCGCUGCCGGCAUCCCAACAUCGGCGGUGACCAUCCUCGCGCCGUACUCUGCGCAGAUCAGCCUCAUUUCAAGCACUCUCUCCUCUGCUCUCUCCCCCGAAUAUUUUGCCCAACUGGAAAUCGGGACCAUUGAUGCUCUCCAAGGUCGGGAGAAGGACGUGGUCAUGAUUUCUCUCACGCGGAGCAACGAGGAAGGCGAGGUGGGGUUCCUCAAGGAGAUUAGGAGGUUGAACGUUGCGAUGACUAGGGCAAAGAGACAGUUGGUGGUGGUGGGUGAUAGUGAGACUGUUAGCAAGGGCGGGAAGUACUUGAGGGAGUGGAUGGAAUGGCUUGAUGAGAAUGCGGUGGUGGAGCCAAUUUUGCCGUAGAGCAGGGGUAGUGCGGGUCCUACUUUGUAUCAUGGAUAAACGAGCUCUUGCCAGUCAGCUGAAAUUUCAGUCGUACUCUUGAUAGCUGAUAGCAAGUGUCCGUUGAGUCCGCUCUAAAUAAU